AUGGAGAAUAUAGAUGAGCUGGAGCACCCUCUUCUGGGAGAAAGCCCCAAUAACAGCCGGGCAUCGGGCAUGGGGAUGGGGAUGGGGACCGGACAGGCCCCUGGCGGGAUGUUCAAGGGCAUCCUGGUAAAGUGUGAGGAGGACAGGGCCUACCCUCCCUUACCAUGGAGGAGCUAUUGUGGACAUCAUCCUGAACUUCAGCAGCAGCAGCCACUGGACCCUUGCUCACUACCUCGCACGCUGGAGUCCUUUUACCCGCCGGCUCCCAUCUGGGGCCACGCGGACUCCAUGAUCAGCAAAGACUACCUGGAGACCACCUUUGUGGACAUUCGGCCCGGCUCCACGCUGGAGAGGAAGCUGCUGGACGAGGCGGAGGACUUCCACAGUAUGUCCUACAGCAUGGACGACGAGGACGACCUGCUCCCGGACUCUGACGACUCAUCCAUUGAUGACUUCAGCGAUACCGACAGUGAGAGCAACUUCCCUCUGAUGAUCCCUCAGGACUACCUAGGUCUGGCCUUCUUCUCCAUGCUCUGCUGCUUCUGGCCCCUGGGCAUCGCCGCUUUCUACCUUUCACAGAAGACCAACAAGGCGUCGGCUCAGGGGGAUUUUCAGGGUGCCAACGCAGCAUCUCGCCAGGCUCUGUGGCUCUCGGUGCUCUCCAUUGUGUUUGGAAUCAUCACGUACAUCUGUGCCAUCGCCGCAUUGAUAUCCUACCUGUCUGGAAAACCACCAUAA